GAGAAAAUGGCGGUUUGUGUCGCAGUCAUUGGUAAAGAAAAUAGUCCGCUUUAUAUCUGUUGUGUUAAUCCAGAACAGGAGUUGGGUUUCCACUACAGCCUGCAUACAAGUCUAGAUGUUAUUGAAGAGAAAUUAAAUAAUUCUAACAAGAGUAACGAUCAAAGGGAUCUGUACCUGGGUACUCUCUACUCUACUGAACACCAGAAAGUGUUCGGUUAUGUUACCAACACUAGAGUUAAAUUCAUCAUCAUUGUAGAUAAUUCAAAUACAAACCUCAGGGAUAAUGAAAUCCGUCAGAUGUUCCGAAAAAUCCACAUAGCGUACACGAACGUGAUCUCCAAUCCGUUCUACACUCCGGGAACUAAAAUAUCUUCCAAACAGUUCAACUCAGUGAUCAACAGUGUACUCGGGAUCCGGGACUAAUCUGUGCCAAACUUUUGGAAAAAUUUAACUCGAAUUUAUUUAGUUAAUUAAUUAAUUAAUUCUCCUGUUUAUCUGUGAUACUUGGAUCUAUCUUUAACCUUUGUUUAUGAUUUCAGA